AUGAUGCAACGGUGGUAUGGUGAUGACGGUGCAAUGGUGAUGAUGGUUUAUAGGGGGCUUUGGUAUGGGCGGUGGUUUGAUUUGUUGUUGCGAUGUGACGUUGGUUGCGCGAGUGGGUGCAACAAUGACUUGGGCAUUGGCUGUGAGUCUGGGCGGUGGCUUGGUGCUGCAGUGGUAGUGGAAUCGCAUGGGGUUGUGUUCUUGGUUAUGGGUUGUGGUGGUGGCAGUGCAGCUGUGAUGUUUGAGGUUAUCUAA